GUAGUUAAAAUGACGACAGCAGCGAGGCCAACAUUUGAACCUGCAAGAGGAGGAAGAGGAAAAGGUGAAGGAGACUUAAGUCAACUAUCCAAACAGUAUUCCAGCAGAGACCUUCCUUCUCAUACUAAAAUCAAAUACAGACAAACCACUCAGGAUGCUCCUGAAGAGGUGCGUAACCGUGAUUUCAGAAGGGAGCUGGAGGAGAGAGAACGGGUCGCUGCAAGAGAAAAGAAUAGAGACAGACCAACCAGAGAACACACAACAUCAUCUUCUGUGUCUAAGAAGCCUCGGCUAGACCAGAUUCCUGCAGCAAAUCUUGAUGCAGAUGAUCCGCUUACUGAUGAAGAUGAUGAAGAUGAGGACUUGGAAGAUAGCGAUGACGAUGACACUGCAGCUCUUCUGGCUGAACUGGAAAAAAUCAAGAAAGAACGAGCUGAGGAACAGGCUCGAAAGGAACAAGAGCAAAAGGCUGAAGAAGAAAGAAUUCGAAUGGAGAACAUUCUGAGUGGUAACCCACUAGCACAGCCUCAAGCAAACUUCAAAGUGAAAAGGAGAUGGGAUGAUGAUGUUGUCUUCAAGAACUGUGCCAAAGGGAUAGACGAAACAAAAAAGGACAAAAGAUUCGUGAAUGAUACUCUGCGAUCAGAAUUUCACAAAAAGUUCAUGGAAAAAUAUAUCAAGUAGUACAGUUUUAUGUGCAGUGGUGCUGAAGGACUUGGAAGGUCAUGGUUGUUCCCUCCCUCUCCCUCAGAAUUCAAGGCUGAAUACUUGGUUGUGAAUUCCCAAAUGCUUUUCCAAGAUCAUCAACAGCUUCAUAAUUAGUAAUGUCUAUGUAUCUGGAGUUUUUAUUCCUACAGUAUGUUUUCCUUUUAAUUAAAUCAGUUUGUGUUUCAUGAAUGUUUUUCUGUUCACGUGCAUUUACUUUUACUGACCAUCUUGUAAAUGGUAGAAGAGAAAAGCUGGUUUGCAAUAAAUACUUCUAAUUGUUUAGGUUGCUUUCCAAAA